UCCAAACAUCCAACACAAAUGACGACCAAACAUGCCACUCUCAUUCGCCACCUCGCAUGGCUCGUGUUCACUUAAACAUCUAAGCUUAAACGAGCCAAGGGGUCCACUUCAAUCUAAAAAUUCGAUCCCAACUGAGCCUCAACGCGCCACAAAAUCCGCCCAGACAGACCACCGUUUACGAACGGCACAGCACCUUCCUUCCUCCUAAUUUCCACCUCCUCAUAAGAAAGCGCCAUUUCCCUCUCCAAAAACACCAUUUCUAUCCUAUCCAAACAUACACUUUCGUUUCUGACAAUCGUUUAACAAACCAAAAAUGUACACCACCUCAACCCUCUCCUCCCUAGCCCUGCUCGCCAGCGCCGCAACCGCGACCUGGACGUAUGGCGGGUGCAUGAACCUCGCGCACUUCGAGGAGAACAUCUCGCCGCGCUACGUCGACACGCUCGAUUCGCCGUUUAUGUCCAGCGGUCUCUGUCUCGAGACGUGCACUACGCCUUAUGCCGGGAUUGACAACACAACCUGUUACUGCGGCACCGCUCCCUUCCCGACGCUAGAUCGAAGCCUGGAUUCCAUGUGCGACACCCCCUGUCCCGGGUACGCGAUGGAUACCUGUGGCGGCGCCAGCGAGUUCGGGUGGGUUAGUAUGUAUACGCAGAGUGCGAACUCUUCGUCUUCAUCCUCGUCUUCUGCGUCCUCAAUUGCUUCCUCAUCAAGCACGACGGCGACGCUGCCGUACACGACAUCCAUCAUCUACACCACGGAACUAGAAACCAUCACCUCCUGCGCCGCGACCGUGACCAACUGCCCUGCGCGGACCAGCACGACGGUGUAUUCGGUUGGAACGACCGUCAUUCCGUGCUCGACCAGUGCAGCUACUAUCGUGAGCUCGGUGCCGACUUCGACGGGGAGCAAUAGUACGGUGAAAGCUACGUUGUCGCCGACUGCGACGCCGAGUGUGGUUACGACCAGUUCGGCGAGUGUGGUGGGGAGCUGGGGAAGUGUGGUGUUGUUUGUUGUUGCUGGGGUGGUUGCGCUGCUGUAGAUAGGAGAGACGAGGAAAGGGGGUUUGUAUGUAUAUUGCAUGUGAAUGUGUAUAUGAUAGAUGAGAACACUGUAUGGGGAGAAGGAUAUAAUAAUUAAUUAAGUGAGAUGAGAACUUAGCG